UACUUCAGACUGUAGUGAUGAUGACAACAUAUACAUUGAAAAUAACGAGAAUAGAAGUGUUCAACACCCAGAAAUCAAUAGAGAGUCAGCAAAUUCCCAUGCUGGUCAGGGAAUUGAAAUCACUUUACUGCCAGCAUCAUCAUCUUUGGAUCCUCAGUCUUUAAAUAACUCAGGCUUGGUUCUUAAGGAUCUUUUUGAGCCACGGUCUUCUGAUUAUCGAUUCAAUGGUUCUAUAUUUUCAAUGGAGGAGGAUGCAGAUCUUGGCGAACAAUAUAUGUAUUUGCCUUCAGAUCCCAACUUCCAGCAAGCAGCGGCAGUUACUCCUCAAGCUUGUUCCUUGCCAUAUUUACCUAGGGAUUAUGGAGAUGACACUUGUCAUAGAUCAGUUACCUCUUUGCAUACCGAGCAUAACAUGGCCGAGUCUUCUUUAGAUGGAUCAAGUGGUGGCUCUGAUGAUUCUGAAGAUGACAUAGGGAUUGUUGAAAAUUGCCCUAUUGGAAAUGAAGCUGACCUUGGUCAAAUAAAUCGUCAUCCACCAAUGAAAAACCCGGAAUAUUUAACAGAUGUUCCUGUCUCUGGUGAUAACAAUUUGCCAAUUGCCUCUCUCACCGGAAUUGUUCAAGACUUGAAUACGAAUUGUCAUGGUAACCAGAUGGGAGAUCUCAAGGUCACUUGUGAUGAUGGUCAGAUGAUUGAUGAAAAGGUCACUUGCAACAAUGGCCAGAUGAAUAAUGACAUGGUCACCUGUGACAAUCAUACGGUUGGUGACAAUGUCACAUGUGAGAAUGUUAAGAUGGUUGAUGACUUUGUUGCUUGUGAGGACGGUCCUAUGGUUAAUCACAAGUUCACUAGUGAGGAUGGUGAUGUGGUUGACGACAAGGUCACGUGUGAUGAUCAGAUGGUUGAGGACAAGGUCACUGGUGAAGAUGGUCAGAUGGCUGAUGACAAGGUCGCUAGUGAGGAUGGUCAUGCAGUUGACUACAAAGCUACUUGUGGUGAUGGUCAGAUGGCUGAUGACAAGGUCACUUGUGGUGAUCAGACCGGUGAUGACAAGGUCAUCUAUGACAACGGUAAGAUAGUUGAUGACAAGGCCACUUGUGAUAAUGAUGGUCAAAUGAUUGAUGGCACGGCACUUGAUAUUUGUGAGGAACAAGCUGCAAAGAGAAGGCGGCUUAUGCCACAGCAAUGUAGAAGUGAGGAAGUUGCGACAGAUUCUGAUUUGUAGAUAUGGAUGGAUGGGUAUUUCUUCUUUGCUACGUUUCUGAAUUAGUUAUAGGUCUUAGUUUGCCAACAUGUGAAUAGUCUUCUUGCCUAGUGGCGAUUACUCUAUUGACUUUGUUCUCGCCGUUGUUGUUUCUGCAACUUAGGUGUAGAGAUAUCUGCGGCUUUAGGCACAAUUAAAUCUUACAAAGAUAGAAAAUUGUUCGCUUGAUAGAAAACUGUUCCAAGAA